AUGGCUCUUCCGAUCGGCGCAAUCGCAGGCGUUACUGCCGCUGCAGCCUACAUCGACGCCAAAUACCACAUCACCAAAGACCUCAAGGGCCAACGCGUCCUGAAAGCUGCCGCGCGCGAUCUCGAGAAGAAUGCACAAGGCAGAGGCCAAUCUCUGUGGUACCAAUUCGAAGCCCAAGUCCACCGCCUGCCCUCGACCGAAGAAUGCAUCUGGUCCCGAACCGGCUGCUACACCUGGGCCGAAACCUACGCGAACGCCUGCCGAUACGGCCAAUACCUCCGCCAGAAUGGCGUCGUUCCCGGGCAGCUCUUUGCCAUGUACAUGAUGAACCGGCCGGAGUUCCUCUUUGCACAUCUAGGUAGCUGGAGCAUAGGAAGCGCGCCGGCGUGGAUCAACUACAACCUUGCAGGCGAUGCGCUGGUGCAUUGCUUGAAAAUCAGCGGCGCCAAGGUGCUGCUUGUGGAUGAAGACCAGGAGUGCAGAGACCGCAUCGAGGCGGUUAGGGAGAGAUUGGAGAGCGAAUUGGGCAUGACUGUACUGGUCUUGGACACCGGGUUGAAGGGAGAGAUAUCGAGGUUGGAACCUACUAGGCCUGAGGAUGAGCUUAGGGUGGGUAUGAAGGGGAAGUUCCCGCUCUUCCUGUUCUACACAAGUGGCACAACCGGACACCCGAAAGCUUGCCCCUUCGAGACGCAAAGAGCAGUCGGCUUGACACAACGUGUGGGUGCUAUGGGACUGAAGACAGGACCCAACGGCGACAGGUGGUAUGUUUGCAUGCCGCUAUACCACGGCACUGGAGGCACGACGGCACUCGUCUGCAUGGUCACCGGCCUUACAUGCUGUAUCGGCACCAAGUUCUCUACAUCGAAAUUCUGGACCGACGUACGCGAUUCGAGAUCCACCGCCAUGGUCUACGUAGGAGAGACAGCUCGUUACCUUCUCAACGCCCCUCCUAGCGACCUCGACCGGAAACACAACGUUAGAGCCAUGUUCGGCAAUGGUCUUCGUCCCGACGUAUGGCAGCGCUUUGUCGAUCGCUUCGGCAUCGAGAUCGUCGGCGAGUUCUUCAACAGCACAGAAGGCGUCAUGGCGCUUUUCAAUGGCUCGCGUGGGCCUUUCACAGCAACUUCAGUUGGACACCAGGGUCUCAUCGAGCGCUGGCGCUCCCACAACACAUACGUCCCAGUCGAGAUCGAUUUCGUAAGCGGAGACCUCUUGCGCGAUCCCAAGACUGGCUUCUGCAAACGCAAGUCCUACGAGGAGGGCAGUGAGAUCCUCGUACAGAUGCCGAGCGAGCAAGCCUUUGUCGGCUACUGGAACAACCCCGAUGCUACCGAGAAACGCUUCGAACGCAAUGUUUUCAGGAAGGGCGACCUGUAUUACCGUACAGGCGACGCUCUCCGUCGCGACGCGGACGGCCGCUGGUUCUUCAUGGACCGCCUCGGCGACACCUUCCGCUGGAAGUCGGAGAACGUGAGCACAGCCGAAGUCAGCGAAGCACUUGGUUCUUUCCCCGGAAUUCAAGAAGCAAACGUCUAUGGUGUCGAAGUGCCUGGCUACGACGGCCGCGCAGGAUGUGCAGCCAUCUACAUCGACCCCGCACAUCUCGACUCAUUCAACUUCAACGCGCUACUUGCGCACGCGAAGGAGAAGCUGCCGAAAUACGCAGUGCCUGUUUUCUUGAGGAUACAGAAACAGCAAACUACGAUGCACAACAACAAGCAGAACAAAGUUCCGCUGAGGAAUGAUGGUAUCGAUCUGAGGAAGCUUAUGGAGAGGGCGGAUAAAGAGGCGAGGGAGCAAGGAAAGGAAGAGGCGGAAUACGAUACCAUGUACUGGCACCCGACUGCUCUUGGGUCUGGAAAAGGCAAGAGUGGCGGUGAUGAUGGAUAUGUUGUAUUCACCAUGGCGGAUUGGGAUUUGCUGAAGGGAAGUGUAGAUGUAGAGGGUGGUGCCAAGCUGUAA